CUUGCUGACAAUUUGACAAGUCUCCUGAAGAAUGGAUUCUUAGAUUUCAACAAAGAAAAGAAGUUGGAAGAGUUCUAUAACAAGAUUCAUUCAAUUCCAGAAAUUAAGAAUUAUGUGGCAACAAGAAAGGAUAAUAUUGUUUAA